AUGGGUUCCACAACAUCCAAGCCUGAGACAAAGGUGUUCACGCCCAAUGCUCCCGUGGACUUCAGCGCGUCUUUCUUGUCACAUUUGGAAAAUUCCCAGGAGUCGGACUAUACGAGAGCUCAGUAUACUGAGAAAUACAUUCAAGAGCGUGUUGCUAGUGAGUUAUCCAAGUUGGAGGCGGAAGCGCAACAGAAAUUCAAAGAUGCAACGAAUAAUGCCUUAGAGAAAUCCAAGGACGCCAAAGUUUCAGUGGCUCAGUCUAACGAAAAGGUUCAGCUGUUGACGAAGGCUUUACAGGAAAGUGCUAAAUUAAUACAAGUUGAGGUGAGCGAAGACAUCAAGAAAGCGCGUUCCGAAGUAAUUGCAUGUUUAAAGCAGAAUCAAGGGCGUUCUUUGAAUUGCUGGGAUGAAGUUGAACAGUUUAAGACAUUGGUGAAUAGCAUGUAG